AUGCCGCUAUCAGAGCCGGAUGACGAGGGCAUACCACGGCUGGGUGCUGGCCCAAAUGAACACCUGGGCGUGCCGGAGAUGGUGUUGGAGUCAGGUGGCUUGUCACGCUCAGACUCAAUGGACAUCACGAACGAUCCGCGUUUUUUCACGGAGAACGUCUUGACAGCUCGGCUCACUGCAUUCGCAAGUCUGGGCAUCGUCGCCGGCCUCAUGGUGCAGAACUCCUUGGAUCACCUUUUUGAUAUGCAGAAGAGAAUGAAUCCAUUCAACGGAGAUGUUGUCGAUGGAGCCUGUCAGCUUGCCGGGUUCUUCUUGCUUGGAAUUGUCCAGUUGUUCAAUGUCAUCGCAACAUAUGUGGGUGUAGCGCAGCCCUAUCACACCAUUCGGCUAAUGACCGCAGGCCCUGCAGGAUUCGAUGCCUCAGUUUGUUACUACUUAAAUCCGAACAUCAGCACGUGGAGGCACUUCGCAGUCUCUAUGGCGCUGGUCUCCAUGCCUCUCUUCUUGGCGAGCAGUGGUCUGCGCAUGGUGGUGAAGUUUGACCGGGAAAACUACGACUAUCCUGACCCGAGUGGCAGCCAUCCUGAUUCCGGUUCCAAAAUUCUUGGCGUCAUCAUGUUGAUCUACUUCUCACUCAUGGCCGUGAUCGUAGUCUACGUUCACCGCUUGCACUUCAAAGUCUUCGACGAGAAGUACGAUCGCGCUAAGCCGAGCAUGAAGCAGCACCACGAGGUGCUGGACGUCAUGAGCUCCAGAAUCUUCUCGGGGAGGAGAGGAAAAGAUUAUGCCAGCUAUACAUCGCGUUAA